GGAAGGAACUGCAGCUGCGGCCGCGGCUCUGUGCAUCCCGCCCUCCCGGUGCUAGGCUCUGCGGCGCCGGGUGGGUGGGCUUCCGAGUUUAGCAGAGCAACUUCCGGGAGGCGGAGCCUCAUUCCCGUUUCCUCUCUCCAGACCCGAGUUGGUCCCGGCAUCCCGGUUCCCCGCAGCUCGGCCGCUGCAGCAACAUGGGCGGCGCACGGGACGCGGGCUGGGUGGCGGCGGGGCUGGUGCUGGGCGCCGGCGCCUGCUACUGCAUCUACUGGCUGACUCGGGGCCCGCGGCGAGGACGCCGCCGCCUGCGCCCCUCGCGGUCCGCAGAAGACUUAACCGACAGUUCCUAUGAUGAGGUCCUAAAUGCUGAACAACUUGAGAAACUCCUAUACCUGCUGGAGUCAACCGAUGAUCCUAUCAUUGUUGAGAAAGCCUUGGUCACCCUGGGCAAUAAUGCAGCCUUCUCAACCAAUCAAGCCAUUAUUCGUGAGUUGGGUGGUAUCCCAAUCGUUGCAAACAAAAUCAACUCUCCGAACCAGAGUAUCAAGGAGAAAGCAUUAAAUGCACUAAAUAACCUGAGUGUGAAUGUUGAGAAUCAAGUCAAGAUAAAGGUGUAUGUCCAGCGAGUCUGCGAGGAUGUCUUUGCGGAUCCUCUGAACUCUGCUGUGCAGCUGGCCGGCCUGAGGCUGCUCACGAACAUGACUGUCACCAACGACUAUCAGCAUCUGCUCAGCAGCUACAUCACCGGCCUGCUCCACCUGCUGCUUACGGGGAACGGAAGCACCAAGGUCCAGGUGUUGAAGCUGCUUUUGAAUUUGUCUGAGAACCCAGCUAUGACAGAGGGGCUGCUGAGUGCCCAGGUGGAUGCUUCCUUUCUUUCCCUGUAUGAUGGCCGAAUAACAAGUGAGAUUCUUCUCCGGGCUCUCACACUGUUUCAGAACCUAAACAACUGCCUCAGGGUGGAAGGCUGCUCGGCUGCUCAGCCACCCUUCGCCAAAGGGUCAUUGUUUUCCCUGCUGUAUGGAGAAGACUGUGCCCAGAAGAUGAGGGCCUUAGCUCAUCACCACGAUGCGGAUGUGAAAGAGAAGGCUUUGGCAAUACUGCCGAAAUUCUGACUGGUUGCUCCUACUGUUUCUUUCUCUCCCUGUCUGUCUCUCUCUGUGUGUGUUUUGUUUUUCAAGACAGGGUUUCUCUGUGUAACAGCCCUGACUGUCCUGGAACUCCCUGAACUCCCUCUGUAGACCAGGCUGGCCUCGAACUCAAAGAGAUCCACCUGCCUCUGCCUCCCUGAGGGCUGGGAUGUUAAAGGUGUGCGCCACCACCGCCCAGCUGCUCCUACUUUUUCUAUGAGUAGUGCAGUCUUAAGUCAGCACGCAGAGAUUUAUUUUCUACCUUUAAAAGGAUGGUUGCAGCUGAUGGGGUUAAACAAUAGAAGUCGCCUUUUGUUUAUAACACAGUUCAGGGUGAACAGCUGUAAUCCAACAUGACUUUCAGAUUUGAAAUUGUUGGGUUUUUUUUUUUUUUUUUUUUUGGAGACAGGCUUUCUCUGUGUAGCCGUGACUCUCUUGGAUCUCAUAGACCAGGCUGGCCUCGAAUCCACAGAGAUCUCCUGCCUCUGCUUCCCGAGUGCUGGGACUAAAGGCGUGCACAACUACAACCUGGCAAAAUUUUGGAUUUUGGGGUAGUUUGGGGAUUGGGUAGGAUCUACAGGUGACAUCUACAAAUACUUAAGUUGGGAACAGUCAGGAUGAGAGUCACUUCUGGGGCAGAGGUUUAGUUGGGUUCAUGGAUUAAUUUGCUCUUCAGGUUUAUUUUGGGUAAUUUUACUGUUAUCAAGUGAAUAUGAGAUUGAACUAGAGAUAUUUACUGGGAUAUUUGAUGGCUCCUCCACAUCAAAUCAGUGACCUUUCUGUGUACAGUCCUGGCUCCUGGGAGUGAUUGGCAGUUGCUCGCGAGGCAGCCUGAGGACCAGAACUGCCACAGCGGGCUCUGUGCCUCAGUGAUCCCCAGGCUCCUCCACCUGCCCCCUCCACCAUACCGCUCGCAGGCCCUCAUCAUCAGAGCUUCCCCUCCCUUCGGGUCAAACUGUAUUUCCUUCUCCAGGGAGCAGGUUCUUAGCACUCACCCCAGUAAGGAUGUGUCAGCUGCUGGAGAGCAAUCCAGGUUUCCACCUCCAGGCAGCUGGCUCAACCAAGAUGGGCCUGGGAGAGUCUGACUGGAGUCAAUAGAAAUACACCCUGAAAUGAUGUUUUUAAAAGCUGUUGUAAAACAAUGUACUGUGGUCCUGUGUUUUUUAACAAUGAGAAAUGCAUUUAUACAUAGAACAUUUCUAGAAUGAUGCGUAAAACUUGGGACUGGGCGGUGGGCACAUUGGAUUUUUCUGUGUGUGCCCAUUUCUAUUGUUUGAAUUUUUUACUGAGCCUAAAUUAUAUAAUUUUUAAUAAAAAGAAAA